AUGGGUGGUGCAAGCCGUGAAGGUGGCAAGGCCAAGCCUCUUAAGGCCGCGAAGAAGGCCCAGAAGGACAUGGACGAGGACGACCUCGCUUUCCUCGAGAAGAAGCGCGCCGAGGAGAAGGCUCGCAAGGAGAUGGCCGCCAAGGCCGGCGGAAAGGGACCUCUCAACACCGGUACCCAGGGCAUCAAGAAGAGCGGCAAGAAAUAA